UAUGCAGCUGACGUCAGAGACAUGCGGCGUAGUGAUACUAUGGUGUGGAGUCUUUAAUGGACUGUUCAGUCGUGUGUGAGUCCUUGCUGGCAGUAGCGUUAGCUGGUCUCAUACUGUUAUCGCCGCCUCUCAUGUGUUGAUAUACUUGUUAAUGUUUAACGACUGGAAGCAAAAAAACACUGUCGAAGUCGGCUCUUCCACAGUAAUAACAACCGACACGCAUACGGAACGCACUUCACAGAGUUUUUUGUCAAACAUCAUUUUUACUGAACGUCCGCUUGAUUUGAAGUUCUCAGGCAGAAUGGCCGCCUUGCGUGCAGCAAAGCAAGCUCUGAGGAAAGAAAUAAAGCGAAGGGUUGCAGCGUUGAGUGACGAGGAGAAACAACGACAGUCUCUAGUCCUCUCACGGCAGCUGUUCAGACACCCCAAGUAUCUGUCCUGUAAGAGGAUUGCUGUGUUUCUCAGCAUGGAUGAUGAGGUGCGCACCGAGGAAAUCAUCAAAGACGUGUUUAAAUGGGGUAAAAGCUGCUUCAUUCCAAGAUAUGAGAGCAACGGCAGCCGUAUGGACAUGUUAAAGCUCAACAGUCUGCAGGACAUGGAGACGCUGCCUCUGACAUCAUGGAACAUCACACAGCCGGCUGAAGAUGACAACAGCAGAGAGGAAGCACUGGCUGCAGGAGGUCUGGACCUGAUCUUGAUGCCAGGCCUGGGUUUUGACCGGUUGGGGAGACGUCUGGGAAGAGGGAAGGGCUUCUAUGACACCUACUUGGAGCGCUGCAUCAGACACCCCAAAGGAAAGCCCUACACCAUCGCCUUGGCCUUCAAAGAGCAGCUGUGUCAGGAAAUCCCUGUCGACGACAAUGAUGUGCUCAUAGAUGAAAUCCUGUAUGAGGAUGAAGAGUAGCUAAUCAGUCACCACCUGUGGUCCAUGAACUCUAAACUGGCUGUAUUUACAUGUCAAAGUCCGCCAACCGGUUAACCUGGCCUUUCAAUGGAACACUCUGGCCGUGGUUACACUUCUCUUCUCCCUGACUCUUUUGGUCGUAUGCACCUGAUGAGAACUUAGCUGUCCACACUUCAGUGUGACCCGCCUGAUCAAACAGUGAUCGGAUAUAUUUUGUGGUCAAAUGGGCGACUGUAAAACGGUGGAUAAACACAUUUAAUUUCUUGUAUAUUCUUCACAAUAAAAGCCCCUCAUUAUGUUGUUAUUCAAGAGCUUUUAUUUUGAAGCAGCAGAAUCAUGACAUGUUGGGUUUUCAUCAGCAGUAAGGUAACGGGACUCAGACAGCAGGUCUCAGCUGGAGGAGCCCAGGAUGAACUAAUGCGUGCUAUUCCUCCUCUGCUAUUCCUGCUGACUUGUCAAAAAUAUGUUAUUACAUUAUGCACGUUAAGCUACUAAUUCAUGGCUGUUGAUUCUUGUGUUGAAGGUGCUGAAAUAUUGUGCGUGUUCUGCUCUGUAUGUCAUGCUGCCAUAAUGAGCUGUUAGGUAAUCACCAAUUACCUAAAAUGAAGAAUUGCUUUACACAAUUACAGCAUUAAUGGACAAUUAAAUUAAAGGCAAAUAAAUGUUUCUAACAUAUCUCUUAAUGGCUGACGGACCCUGAUUGCUGUUAUAUACAG